AAAGAAAGAAAGAACAAAACAAAACCUUCCGUUUCAAGAAAGAAUCCUUCUCUCUUUUUUUGUGUGUAUACCCGAAAAUGGAAGAUCUGGAACAUGAGUACAAGAAUUACUGGGAAACCACAAUGUUCUUCCAGAAUCAAGAACUCGAAUUUGACAGUUGGCCAAUGGAGGAAGCGUUUUCAGGUUCGGGAGAGUCUAGUUCGCCGGACGGAGCAGCAACAUCGCCGGCUUCUUCUAAGAACGUUGUCUCUGAGAGGAACAGACGCCAGAAGCUUAAUCAGAGACUCUUUGCUCUCCGAUCAGUCGUUCCCAAUAUUACCAAGUUGGACAAGGCCUCUGUCAUCAAAGAUUCAAUUGAUUAUAUGCAAGAACUUAUUGAACAAGAGAAGAGGCUUGAAGCAGAGAUCAGAGAGCUGGAAUCACGAUCAACAUUACUAGAAAAUCCGAUAAAAGAUUACGAUUGCGUCAAUAAUUUUUCAGAAAAUCCUCUCCAAGAUGAUUUUUCCGACAAUAUUUUCAUGAGAUCCAAGAAGGUCAAGCAGACGGAUUACAACACUAGAGUACAAUACUCUCCCAUUGAAGUUCUCGAAAUGAAGGUGACAUGGAUGGGAGAGAAGACAGUAGUGGUAUGCAUAACAUGUAGCAAGAAGAGAGAGACAAUGUUGCAGCUUUGUAAAGUGUUGGAGUCUUUGAACCUCAACGUUCUCACUACUAACUUCUCUUCCUUCUCCUCUCGUCUCUCGACCACUCUCUUCCUCCAGGCGGAUGAAGAGGAAAGCAAUGCGGUAGAGGCCAAGAUACAAAUGGCAAUUGCAGCUUAUAACGAUCCAAAUUAUCUUAUCAACUUCUAAAUCAGAUUUUUUUUUUUCUUUCUAUAUGUGAAGAGGUACAUUGUUGUAAGGGUUUAUUUAUCUUCUGAGCUACAAAACGUCACGUCUGAUGGUAUUACAAUAAUAAUACAUGCACGUUCCUUUAUGAAAA